AUGUGGCACAAAUACUUCGAACGUGCAUACUUCCAAUGGAAUAUUUUGGAAUUUCUGAAAGAAUGUGAAGUGGAACCUUUCAACCGGAAGAUAUCAUGUUAUAUUGCGUGUCUUGAAACCAUAGCUAAUAAUGAAGAAGGAUGCAGGCGCGAAAGAGCACAAUAUUUGCUCGAUCAAUAUAGAAAGGCGAGCACAGGAGACUCUCCGAGGUCGACUGAUCCGACAUUCGUGGAUGGAAAUCUCAGUGGGACUGUGAAUAAUGGAACAAUAGGAACUGUAAAUGGGAUCGUUUCAGGAUCUUCAAAAAGAGAGGUUCAAGUUCCCGAUAAUCAGGAUAAUGAUAAAGUCCCAAAGCGGACGAGAAUUGAUGAUUAUUUCCCUGUUUGUUGGCAAGACAACAACCAAGAACUCCCAAACACCAAAUAUAUCCGUCAGAACGAUAUCGAGAAUUCGUAUGAUAUGCGAUUUUAUGAAGAUAUUAACAUUAACGAAGACAUCUACGUAGAUGAAAUACAUUUGUCUCAGGAGACCACCAACGCACCUGCAAACAUAAUGAAUGUCUCAAAUAUUUUGAACGAUCCAGAAAGUAGUGAAAUAGCAUCUACAAUUCUUACAACUCCUUACAGCUAUAAUAUUUCAAAUAUCUUAAACGAUUCAAGUAAUGAAUUAGUUGAGAAAUCAAUAACUUUCAUGUCUCCUUCUCCUUAUUAUAAACAACCACGAUUUAUAACUAAUAAUGAAUACAUGGAUAUGGUUUGGUCUCCAUGGCAUUUUGAUAAAAUUAUUGGUGAAAUAGAUAUCGAAAAAAAAAUAAUAGGCUUAUGUGAGAAAGAAAAGAAAGCAAAAAUAAAAUCGUCAUUAAAUUAUGGUAUUAUCGACCUGAAUGAUAGUAGGAUUAUGAAUAUCUUAGGAUCAUCUGUAAAGGUUUAUUUUGAAGCGAAAAUGAAGAAAUAUAAACUACAAAGAUCUGUGACAAAAGAAGUUUUGGAAACUUUGAAGUAUUUUAACAUAGUAAGUAAUUAA